UUUCUUCCAUGAGCCAGAGAGAGAGAGAGAGAGAGAGAGAGAGAGCCUUCAGCAGGUUUUGCUGCGGCUCACCCCAGCACUGUGAGGAUCGUAGGCACCCAUGUACCCAGCGUACUUGAGGCUUUCACUUUCGAAACGGGGGCCCUAUGUGAGUCAGACGUGUGGGCAUCCCAGUCUACCUCUGCACCACCACCUGGCCCCCAAGUUUUGAUUUUGACUGAUAAACCCGUGACCUAAAUUUAAACCUCAGCUGAAUUUAGCAUCCGCUUAAAACCACAUGAAACUGCCGUGAGUCAUGUGACCACUAGCGGAAACCAAAGUGGUCGUGCUCUGUGUUUUCCCUGAGAGGUUCUUAUGGCAGUUUUAGAAAUGUGAAGACAUUCUCUAACACGCGAGCUUUGUUAUCCCCAUGUGGUCUUCAGUCGGCCUGCGGAGGGUGGUCAUUGAUGUUCGUGCAUCUCGACAUGGUGUUAGACACACAUAGAACGCUGCUCCUGUCUGCAGUUCCAGGUCUUGCCAGGUGACCACGAGUCCUCUCUAAGGAACAUGGCGUAAAGGGAGUAGCCAGGAGAUGCCUGGCGGUGUGGCUAGGGAAGCAAUGUUUCCGCGAAGGCGUUUGUCCUGUUCUGCAGCAGGCGUGAGGGCACGUGCACAGAGCGACCCGGUGCUGUUUUCUUAGGGUGCGUCUUGCGUGUUUCUGGCACGGGCCUUCUCGCCGCAGGAUGGCCUCAGCUCUGUGUCUGCGGGUGCUGGGCAGCCUGUGUGGCUGGCUGUCGCUCUACGUCUCCUUCUGCCACCUGAACAAGCACCGAAGCUACGAGUGGAGCUGCCGGCUGGUUACCUUCACCCACGGGGUCCUCUCCAUAGGCCUCUCGGCUUACAUUGGCUUCAUUGAUGGCCCUUGGCCUUUUACCCACCCAGGCUCGCCCAAUACACCACUGCAGGUCCACGUGCUCUGUCUCACCCUGGGCUACUUCAUCUUCGACUUGGGCUGGUGCAUCUACUUCCAGUCUGAGGGCGCCCUCAUGCUGGCUCACCACACCCUGAGUAUCUUGGGCAUCAUCAUGGCCCUGGCGCUCGGGGAGUCCGGUGCAGAGGUCAACGCCGUCCUCUUCGGAAGCGAGAUCACCAACCCCUUGCUGCAGAUGCGCUGGUUUCUCCGCGAAACGGGCCGCUACCACAGUUUCACCGGAGACGUGGUGGACUUCCUCUUUGUGGCUCUGUUCACUGGAGUAAGGAUUGGCGUCGGAGCGCGCCUCCUUUUCUGUGAAAUGGUCUCGCCCACGCCCAAGUGGUUCGUGAAGGCGGGGGGUGUAGCCAUGUACGCUGUGUCGUGGUGUUUUAUGGUUAGCAUCUGGCGCUUUGCAUGGAAGAAAAGCAUCAAGAAGUACCAUGCCUGGAGGAGCAGGCGGAGCGAGGAACGGCAGGGCAAACAGAAUGGGCAUCUCAAGACGCACUAGCCAAGGCUUGCGGCCGAUAACGGAUUGGGUUAAGUCAACCAUGGAGCCAGGUGGGAAAUACAGCUGCUCUGGAAUCACACUUAGAACAAACUUAGGUUUCAAAAAAGGGCUAAAUUUAUUGAUCAGUUUGGUCAGUCUUCAAGCCAUGCAUACGCCAGUAUUAAAACCCCAACUUCUACUGUGACACGGUUCUAGAAGGUGAGAAUACUCAGUGGUCAUUGGAAUAAGUCCGAACUGGGAGGCCAGCCUCACUGGCUUUCAUUUUAGUUUGUCAUGACCCCAGCUCCUCUUGUCCCUCGGAGGCUCGAUGUCCAGAUUGCUUAGAAAGGAACUUGAGAAAGGUGACUAUUUCUUACUCCUUUGAGAAGCAGCUCUUCCAGCCAAGAGUUAUUCCUGCACCCCAUGCAGUAAUUAAUGGAUAUGCACUCACCCCAUUUACUAUGAAGUGAGGGACUUUCAGGAAGAGAGACACCUUUGGCAUUCUGAGCAUUGGACCUGGGUAUUGGAUCCGCUUACAUAAAGAGGGACAGAGGGGGGCCCAGCAGCUGGUGUAAUGGCUAUGUCGCUGGACUCCCAUGUAGCCGACUGCAG